CAGGCUAUAAGACGGCCUGGGCCGCGCGGCCAGCUCCGAGCAUCCCGGGCCGGGCGCGGAGGGCGAGCAGGCGAGCAGGGCCACGAUGUGCGGAAUCUUCGCCUACAUGAACUACAGGGUUCCUCGCACAAGAAAGGAGAUAUUUGAAACUCUCAUUAGAGGUCUGCAGCGGCUAGAGUACCGAGGCUAUGACUCGGCAGGUUUGGCCAUCGACGGGAAUAACAGUGAAGACAAAGAAAGGUACAUCCAGCUCAUCAAGAAAACUGGCAACGUCAAGGCACUAGAUGAGGAACUGUACAAACAAGAUAGCUUAGACUUAAAGGUCGAGUUUGAGACCCAUUUUGGCAUCGCUCACACGCGCUGGGCCACCCAUGGGAUUCCCAAUGCUGUUAACAGCCACCCACAACGUUCAGACAAAGGCAAUGAAUUUGUUGUCAUCCACAAUGGCAUCAUCACAAAUUACAAAGACCUGAGGAAAUUUCUGGAAAGCAAAGGCUACGAAUUUGAGUCAGAAACAGACACGGAGACCAUUGCCAAGCUGAUCAAAUAUGUGUUCGACAACAGAGAAACUGAAGACAUUUCCUUCUCAACCCUAGUGGAGCGGGUCAUUCAGCAGCUGGAGGGUGCCUUUGCCUUGGUUUUCAAGAGUGUUCACUAUCGAGCGGAAGCCGUAGCCACCAGGAGAGGCAGCCCCCUGCUCAUCGGAGUGCGCAGCAAAUACAAACUCUCCACGGAACAGAUUCCCAUUCUGUACCAGACCUGCAAUAUCGAGAAUGUGAAGAAUAUCUGCAAGACCAGGAUGAAAAGGCUGGACAGCUCCACAUGCCUGCAUGCUGUGGGGGACAAGGCUGUGGAAUUCUUCUUUGCUUCUGAUGCCAGCGCCAUCAUUGAACACACGAACCGGGUGGUCUUCUUGGAGGACGAUGACAUCGCGGCGGUGGCUGAUGGGAAACUCUCCAUCCACCGUGUGAAGCGCCUGGCUAGCGACGAUCCUUCUCGGGCUAUCCAGACCUUGCAGAUGGAACUCCAGCAGAUCAUGAAAGGCAACUUCAGUGCCUUCAUGCAGAAGGAGAUCUUCGAACAGCCCGAAUCCGUUUUCAACACCAUGAGAGGUCGAGUGAACUUUGAAACCAACACAGUGCUCUUGGGUGGCUUGAAGGAUCAUUUAAAGGAGAUUCGACGAUGCCGGAGACUCAUCGUGAUCGGCUGUGGGACCAGCUACCAUGCCGCAGUGGCUACUCGGCAAGUCUUGGAGGAACUGACCGAGCUGCCAGUGAUGGUUGAACUUGCUAGUGACUUUCUAGACAGAAACACGCCCGUGUUCAGGGAUGAUGUGUGCUUUUUCAUAAGCCAAUCAGGUGAGACUGCAGACACUCUCCUGGCCCUGCGCUACUGUAAGGACCGUGGGGCCCUCACCGUGGGUGUUACCAAUACAGUGGGCAGCUCCAUCUCUCGAGAGACUGACUGCGGCGUCCACAUCAAUGCAGGGCCUGAAGUGGGCGUGGCCAGCACCAAGGCCUAUACGAGUCAGUUCAUCUCUCUCGUGAUGUUCGGGCUGAUGAUGUCUGAAGAUCGGAUUUCACUACAAAGUAGAAGGCAGGAGAUCAUCCAGGGGCUGAAAUCUUUACCUGAGCUGAUCAAGGAAGUACUGGCGCUGGAUGAAAAGAUCCAUGACCUGGCCCUGGAGCUGUACACGCAGAGAUCACUUCUGGUCAUGGGCCGUGGCUACAAUUAUGCCACAUGCCUAGAGGGAGCCCUGAAAAUCAAAGAGAUCACCUACAUGCACUCAGAAGGAAUCUUGGCUGGCGAACUGAAGCAUGGGCCACUGGCUCUCAUCGACAGGCAGAUGCCUGUGAUAAUGGUGAUCAUGAAGGACCCCUGCUUUGCCAAGUGCCAGAAUGCCCUGCAGCAGAUUACGGCCCGUCAGGGGCGCCCAAUUAUACUGUGCUCUCGCGAUGACACGGAAAGUUCCAAGUUUGCCUACAAGACCAUCGAGCUGCCACAUACCGUGGACUGCCUGCAAGGCAUCCUGAGUGUAAUCCCGCUGCAGCUUCUCUCCUUUCACCUGGCCGUCCUCCGGGGCUAUGAUGUUGACUUCCCCCGGAAUCUGGCCAAGUCUGUUACGGUGGAAUGAAAACAGCAGGUUGCCUUUGGACCUGCUCAGGCCUCCUCACGGGAAUUUCCAAGCAGAGAGCCCGGCCUUCUGCCUUCUCUGAGCAAUCAGAGCUGAGCUUUGCCUUCCAGCCGCCAUGUGCCUUACAGCCAAGUGCUUUGCUUUACAGAAGAACCUGUUUCUCCCAAGUGCACAAAGGAGAAAGGGGAUUAUUGUUUACACAGGGGACCAGAACUGAUUUAUUCUGUGUUUUUCCCCCCUUUCUUCCCACUGCCAUAUAAUAGGGAAAACCAACACAGCCCUCUUUGGCACAACCAAAGAGGAUUUUGGUUUUGGUUUUUGAGCCACAGUCAAUGAUGCUCAGAAUUUACUCCUGGCUCUGCACUCAAUGAUUCCUGGCAUUGCUCAGGAAAGCCUAUGUGGUACUGGGAAUGUGCCAGGCAAGCAUCUUACCUCCUGUACUCUCUCCUCAGCUCCUGUGAAACUUUCUGGAAACCAACAUGAGCUAGCUCUGAAAGACAAAAUAUUUAUAAGGACAAUUGUAUAGCCUUUAAGUUAUUUUUCUAUUUUUGAGUUUCUGUGGCCAAGACAAUGCCCAGAAUA